AUGCUGCUAAUCGGUAUAUCCGUUGUCUUAUUUAUCGCUAUCUCGGUUGGCUUGGGUGCAGGUUUAGGACUUGGAUUGAAACACCACGGCGAUAACUUGACAUCGAGCACACCAACGAGCACACCAGCAUCAAACACUUCCUCUCCGCAGCCAUCAUGGCGGCGGGACUCCUCAGAGUACAUCUUAGACAUAGAUACAUGGGAUAUCAAUGCAGCACCUACGACGCGGAAUUUUGAUUUUACGAUUUCUGAAAUCCAGGGCUAUCCUGAUGGCGUUCUUCGAAGCUUAUAUGUAAUCAACGGACAAUACCCAGGCCCGUUAAUCCGCGUUAACAGAGGAGAUCGAGUGCUGGUGAAUGUGACAAAUAACUUAUCCGUGCCAAUGACCUUCCAUUGGCAUGGGCUCUAUCAAAACGGGACCAAUUGGAUGGAUGGCACUGCUGGAAUCACCCAGUGUCCCAUUCCAGCAGGGAGAAGCUUUCUCUAUAAUUUCACAGUGGAGAUGCAGUAUGGCACGUACUGGUAUCACUCUCAUUAUAAAACACAAUACAUGGACGGUCUUUUCGGACCCCUGAUUAUUCACGCGCCGGAAGAAGCACAAUUCCGCAGCAUGUAUGAUCAUGACCAGGUAGUCCUUCUUAAUGACUAUUACCACAACAUGAGUUCGACCUACGUGGAUGCCUAUCUUGCACCGGGCAACGAAAACAAUGAGCCUGUCCCGGACAACGGACUCAUUCAAGGAAUGAACUACUUUGAUUGUUCGUCUCUAGACCCUAGCGACGGCUACACCUGUUAUGCAAACUCCACUAGGGCUCAGUUCAACGUCCAGCAAAACCAGCGAUACCGGUUCCGCCUGGUCAAUGCCGGUGGCUUUGGCAUGUUCCAAUUUGCAGUGGACAAUCACACUUUGUCUGUCAUCGAGGCGGACUCUACCAUGGUGGAGCCCCUCAACGUGAAUCGGUUAGAUAUUGCCGUUGCAGAGCGCUACUCUGUUAUUCUGAACGCAAAUCAAUCUGCAGAAAAUUAUUGGAUUCGUGCAACAUUGGACACGUACUGUUUCACUACUUCGAACCCUGUACUAGAUUCUGCUGGUAUCAAGGGGAUUCUCAGCUACACUAACAACGCCUCUGACCCGGUGUCUGGCAUUUCAGCGGAAUGGCCAGGGGAGGACCCCAAUGUCUUGUGUGUCGACCUGAACACGACUCUCCUGGUGCCUGCCGACGUCCAACAAGCUCCAAAGGCUGAUCUCUUCUUCAGUCUCCAGUUCUCCUUUGCAAUCAGAGAGAAUGCUUUAGAUCGAGCAUACAUCAAUGGUACAACAUGGUUUCAAUCGGAUGUUCCCACCCUCAAUACCGUUGUACCAGCACUUCGGGCUGGUAAUGCUACCUUCAAUCAGACUGGGGUUGCUUCCGGCUAUGGCCUUUCGAACCAGUAUAUCCUUGACUUGCCUGACUACGCCGUAGUCGAUGUUCUAGUUACCAACUAUGACGAUUCAUCGCACCCGUUCCAUCUUCACGGACACCAGUUCUGGGUGAUGGCAUCAUCUGCGAGCCAAUAUUUCGACUAUAGUACCUACGAUUCACUUAACACUACCAAUCCCCUCCGGAGAGACACGAUAAUAGUAGACUCGUAUGGAUGGACCUUGAUCCGUUUUGUCAACGACAAUCCGGGAAUGUGGGCUUUUCACUGCCACAUAGCGUGGCAUCUCGAAGCUGGAUUGUUGAUGCAAUUCCAAUCACGUAACGACAUUAUGAAAGACUGGACGCUCCCUGACGAUGUACAGGGGCUCUGCAAUAUAUAG